GGAAUGGCUGGCCCCCUGCGGGGUCGGGUGGAGGAACUGAAGCGGCCCUGGUGGCGGGAGAGCUCGCCCCUGGUGCUGCAGCACAGUGAGGCUGCCCGUCUGGCAGCUGACGCCCUCCUGGAGCGGGGCGAGGCAGCCUACCUGCGAGUCAUUUCUGAGGAGCGGGAACUGCCCUUCCUGAGUGCCCUGGAUGUGGACUACAUGACCAGCCAUGUGCGCGCCGGCCCGGAGCUUGGCGAGGCCCACGGGCCAGAGUCCUCGGGGCCUGACCGCCUCAGCCUGCUCUCUGAAGCCACUUCAGGCACUUACUUCCCCAUGGCUUCCGAUGUGGACCCGCCAGAUCUGGACCUGGGGUGGCCCGAGGUGCCGCAGGCCACAGGCUUCAGCCCCACCCAAGCCGUGGUCCACUUCCAGCGGGACAAGGCCAAGAACAUCAAGGACUUGCUGCGUUUCCUCUUCAGCCAAGCUCGCACGGUGGUGGCCGUGGUGAUGGAUGUAUUCACUGACAUGGAGCUACUCUGUGACCUCAUGGAGGCCUCAAGCCGGCGUGGUGUCCCGGUCUACCUCCUCCUGGCCCAGGAGCACCUGAGGCACUUCUUGGAGAUGUGCUACAAGAUGGAACUCAACGGGGGGCACCUGCCGAACAUGCGUGUGCGGAGCAUGUGUGGGGACACAUACUGCAGCAAGGCGGGCCGCCGCUUCACUGGGCAGGCCCUGGAGAAGUUCAUCAUCAUUGACUGUGAGCAGGUGGUGGUGGGCAGCUACAGCUUCACCUGGCUCUGCAGCCAGGCCCACACCAGCAUGGUGCUGCAGCUGCGGGGCCGCAUUGUGGAGGACUUCGACCGGGAGUUCCGCUGUCUGUACGCUGAGUCCCAGCCUGUAGAGGGGUUCUGCAGUGGCGAGGACCCGCUGUCUCCUCCGAUGCCUCUUCCUCCGGCCGUGGCACCAACCUUCAGACCUGGUGUGCCCAGCCCCACCUGCUCCUCACCGUCCAGUACUAGCCUCAGCAGCAUCAAGCACUCGCCUCUCGUGGGCCACACCUCCUACCUGGCUCUACCAGGAGGCCGUGGUUGCAGCGACAACGAUGGGAUGGGGUCCUCAUCGCCAGGUCCUGCCCGUCGCGAAGCCAGUGGCCAAUCCACCCUGCAACGCCAGCUCUCAGACCCUAACCACGACUCUUCCACUGGGCCCUUCAGGGCCAAUCUAGGCAAGAUAGGGGCUUCGCCAUGGUCCCAGUCCUCCCCUGCCCUCAACCUCAGUGGUGCCAACCCUUUGGCCCUGACAGUAGGAUCACCUCUGCUCCCUCGCACUCGCCCCCGCCCCCUCUUCCACUUUCCCAGGGGUAUCCCAGCUCUGUCUCGACUCCCAGAAAAUGCGAUUCUUGGAAGCCAAGAGCCUAGCCCUCUGCGAGGCCCUCGGGGACCUGGCAUGGGCCUGGAGACAGUGGAGGAGAAAAGGGUUUGUCUGAGCCGGAGUCAUGGCCAGCUGGACCUGCUUGUCCCCUUCUCUAGAGCCCAAGAAGUGGGAGGCCCAGACCCUGCAGUCAGCCCUAACUCCGGGUCCCUUCAGCCUGGUGACCACGCCCCCCAGGACAGGAAGUUGUCCUCAAGCCAGAGCUAUAGCCACCUGGAUCUCCUGUCCCAAGCCCAGGGUUCUGGGGACGCGUUUGAAUCAGGUUCCCUCAGACUCGGUGAUCAGGCCCCAGAGGACAGGAAGCCAGCCCCAAGCCAGAGCCACAGUCACUUGGACCUCCUGGCACAGUACCCUAAGGCCCAGGACCCCCGAGUGCCCCCUGAAGCUAACUCCUCAGCCAGGACUGGGAAACAGGGUCCAGAUGAGCGACGGCAGACCCUGGGUCACAGCCAGCUGGACCUCAUCACCAAGUUUGGUCCAUUCCGGAGCGAGGGACCUGGACCCAGUGCUCUUCCAGGACCGAGUCCUGCUUGUGUGGCUGGGGCAGGCCCUGCAGAUCAGAAGCGGCUGACCUUGGGCCACAGCAAGCUGGACCUCAUCACCAGGUAUCACCAGUUCCAGAGUGCCAGGCAUGGACCCGAACCUGGCCUCCCUGGGGGCCCCAUGGGAGGCCACUGCAAUGGUAGUGGCCACGACCUGCGUGAAGACGAGAAGCGGCUGACCUUGGGCCACAGCAAACUGGACCUCAUCACCAAGUACAAUAAGUCCAAGUUCAAGCUGCUGCGAAGUCGCUUUGAGUCCUAG